AUGAGAAUAGCUAAACAAAAACAUAAAAAUCGGUUUUUUGAAAAUUUCUCAUUUUCAGAAUUUCCAGAGCAGUCUCAGGGUUUCUCGGCAACUUUCUGGAGCAAAACCUCCGAUUCACUGAAAGAGAUUCUCCGCCGAAGAAACUCAAGAGAAGAAGCAAAGGGCAUUAUCAACUGUGCUAUUGCCAGAGCAAUGAAAAACAUUCGGAACUACCAUUAUUGUACCAAGACAGGGACUCUAUUCAACUGCAAAGCUGGCGAAACCUGUUUACAUCUAAAAUGGCGACAGCUAAGAAAAUUCAAAGAUAUAUGCAGAUCGAACAAUGUUGAUUCUUCGCACGCAACCCUUCAACAAAUUAUGGAAUGUGACGAAGCCACAUCGCAUCAAGGACCAUCCGGAUCAGCAUCUUCACGCUAA